AUGGAACAAAAAAUUACGUCUAUGUUAUUUAAAAAAAUUUCUACGUUUAUCCUUUUAAGUUGGAUAUGUCAUAUUUAUAUAUAUACGAGAACAUAUAACAAAUUUUUGGACGAAUGCAACAAUCAUCGCAGAAAAUUAUAUACAAGAAAUUGCCGUUUAAUGGCAAAAUACAAUCAGGAUAAAAACUCUAGCGUUGUAUGUUUAAAAGAAGAGACAACAAAUAGUGCGAACUAUGAAAAAGAUAUAUGUAAUAAUGUAAAGUGUGCCUCAGUAAAAAAGAAUCAGUCGAAUGGAUGCUUACAAAGGAACGCAAGAGGCCAGAAAAUGUAUAUGAAAAAUAAAGCUUGUGUAUUUGAAACCAAAAAAUAUUCCCAUUUAGAAAAAAAAAUAUUUAAGGAACUUGAUUAUGAAGAUUUUCUUAAAAAGAAUAGAACAAUUAGUGAUAGGAUUUAUAGAAAAAUAAUGCGUAAAAAAUGCGGAUUACGACUUGCUUUACCUUUAUUAUUGUUUUUGGUACUAUCGAUAUCAUUCAUAUUAGAUAAUUUUUGUAGAUGUGGGCUUACAUAUGGUUUGUUUAAUAUAAUAAUUCUUAUUUCACCUGGUUCAUCUCCUGGUCCUAGUAUUCGUGAAACUCAGCUUUCUUCGGCCAUAAAUUCUUUUUAUGAUUUGUUGAAUAAACCACCUUUAAAAUGGUUCACAAAAGUUUUAAGACGAGGAAAAGAUGGUAAAUUGGAAAACUAUUGUGUAAAGGGUUUUUUAGGAUUUCUAAUAUAUUUUGUACCAUUAUUCAUAUUAGGCACCAUACUUAUAUCAGCAGUUUUUUAUUAUCACAAAAAAGUUAAAAAAUAUGAAAACAUUAAGUUCAGGAAAAAAUAA